AUGGAGGUUCGUCAGAUUGUAAAGGAUACAAAUUUGAGUUUAUGUGCUAUUUUGGAAUCUCAUGUCGGUAUAGAUAAGCUGGGAAAGGUGUGUAAGUCGGUUUUCCGUUCAUGGGAUUGGACCUCCAAUGGUACUAGCUGUAAUAAGGGUACAAGAAUUAUUGUAGGGUGGAAUCCAGGUAUCUUCGAUGUCAUGGUCCUUUUUCAGUCUUCCCAAGUUAUGCAUCUCCAGAUUUAUUUCAAGUUAGAUAGGAGGAUCAUUUUCUGUUCGAUAGUUUAUGCGGCCAAUUACUAUGUAACGCGUAGAGAAUUAUGGCGUCAAUUAACCAUGCAUAAAGCGGUGGUCGGUGAUAAUCCUUGGGUUAUUUUUGGUGACUUUAAUUCAGCUUUGAACAUGGAGGAUAAUUCUAUGGGGUCCUCAUCCGUUUCAGUUGGAAUGAAAGAUUUUCGGGAUUGUGUUGACUCAAUGGAGAUGUUCGAUAUUAAUAGAUCUGGUCUUCACUUUACGUGGAGUCAGAAACCGAAGGAGGGAACCGGUUUGUUGAAAAAGAUUGAUCGCAUUCUAGGCAAUACCCCGUUUGUCACGGCCUACCCGAAUUCUGUUGCUAUUUUUCACCCGUAUAGAAUGUCUGAUCACUGCCCAUGUAUUCUUAAAAUCCCAGAAGCUGGGAAUCUUCAUAAGAAAGUGGAGGAGCUUCGUGCUAGUCUUGACUCUAUUCAGCAACGUAUUGAUAUAGAUCCUUUUAAUGCGGAUCUCCGGGCUGAAGAAGCUGGCUUGAACCGUGAUUAUCAGGCUGCGGCUCUAGAUGAGGAACGUUUUCUUAAGCAAAAAUCAAAAGUGGAUUGGUUGACAGCGGGGGAUAUGAAUUCAGCUUAUUUUCACUCGUCAUUGAAGGUUCGGAACCAUUAUAGCCGUAUUGACAUUAUUACGGACUCUCAAGGGGUUGUCCAUGAAAAUGAUGCUGUUCCUCAUGCUUUCGUUUCUCACUAUGAAAAUUUCUUGGGGUCCCAAGGCGAUAUCUCUCUUACUCCUGCACCGGAUCUUUUUGAUAAAGGCUUGAACCCUACUACAGCUGCACAUAUGGUAAGAUCGGUUACACAGGAGGAGGUAAAAUCUGCUAUGUUCUCAAUUGGCAUUGAUAAAGCGCCGGGCCCUGAUGGGUUCACGGCUGCAUUUUUCAAGAAUGCUUGGCCGGUUAUUGGUAAUGAUAUAUCUAAUGCAGUUAUUGAUUUUUUCGAUUCGGGCAAGCUCCUUCGCGAGAUAAACCAUACACUUAUCGUUCUUGUCCCGAAAAUUCCCACUCCUUUGGCCGUCACAGAUUACCGGCCUAUUGCGUGCUGUAAUGUUCUUUACAAAUGCAUCAGCAAGAUUGUUUCGGACAGAAUCAAAAAGGGGCUGAAUGAGAUAGUUAGUGUUAACCAAUCUGCUUUUGUUCCAGGUAGAAAGAUUUCGGAUAAUAUCCUCCUAACUCAAGAGCUGAUGCACAACUAUCAUAGGAAUGUGGGGCCUCCGAGGUGUGCUUUCAAAGUUGACAUUCAGAAAGCUUAUGACACGGUGGAUUGGAGGUUUCUUCGAAGUGUUUUGAUUGGGUUUGGGUUUCAUGCUAAGAUGGUAGAAUGGAUUAUGCUUUGUAUUUCUACUACCACUUAUUCGGUUUGUGUCAAUGGGAACGUUCAUGGCUUUUUCAAGGGGAAUCGGGGUCUUAGGCAAGGGGAUCCCAUGUCGCCAUACCUAUUUACAUUGGUUAUGGAAGUGUUGACUCACAUUCUACAAGAAACGGUUCGAAUUGACUCUUCUUUUAGAUAUCAUAAUAAAUGUGAGCGGCAACAAAUAGUUAACCUUUGUUUUGCGGAUGAUCUCUUCUUAUUUGCUAAAGGUGAUGUGAAUUCAGCAAAAUGUCUCAUGAGCUCUCUUACCAAAUUUUCAAAGAUGUCGGGAUUGGUUCCUAAUUCGCGUAAGAGUACGGUGUUCUUUUGCAAUGUUUCGAACCAUGUUAAAACUGCUAUUUUAAAUGUCUUGCCGUUUGUUGAGGGCACGCUUCCCGUGAGGUAUUUGGGGGUACCGCUCCUUUGUUCAAAGCUAACUUAUAAGGAUUGCAGUAUUCUUGUGGAGAAUCUUGAUAAGCGGAUUACGCACUGGAGGAAUAAACUAUUGUCGUUUGCUGGUAGAUUACAGUUGGUUACUUCUGUUCUAUCGUCCAUGCAUGUGUAUUGGUCUUCCGUUUUCGUUCUCCCGAGUCGCAUAAUUAAAGAGUUGGAGGCUAGAAUGCGCAACUUCCUAUGGUCUCAAGAUGGUGCUUUUCAUAGGGGUAAGGCCAAAGUCUCUUGGAAAUCUGUUUGCACUCCGAAGUUUGAAGGGGGGCUGGGUAUUCGGCGUAUUGGGGAUAUGAAUGUUGCUCUUAUGACUGCUCAUGUUGGUAGUAUUCUGUCAAGACGGAACUCGCUAUGGGUUGACUGGGUGCAUGAUUACAGGUUGAAAGGUAAAAAUUUCUGGGUUUGUAAAAUUCCUUCGAAUUGUUCUUCUUCUUGGAGGAAACUUUUACAAAUGCGGCCAUCGAUUAGAUCGUUUAUGUGGAUGAACAUUGGCAGUGGGGCGGAUACUUCAGCUUGGUAUGAUAAUUGGUGUAGUAUAGGGCCGUUAGGUAACUUUCUAACGCCUCGUACUAUUACCAACGCGGGCUUUUCUUUGGAUGAUAAAGUGGCUGAUGUUCGAGCUAAUGGAGACUGGUCUUGGCCGAAUGCUAGGAGGGAUCUAUUUCCAGUCCUAAAUCAGGUUGAUAAUGUCAAUAUCGAUCCGAACAAGGUGGACAAGUUAUUAUGGCGAGAUGGUGAUGACCUUAACGAGAUUACUACAUCCGGGGUAUGGCAGUCGAUUCGGUACAGAACGCCAGAAGUCGAAUGGAGUAAUGUUGUUUGGUUUGCGCAGUGUAUUCCGCGGCAUGCUUUCCUGAUGUGGCUGAUUAUGAGAGGUAAACUGUUGACUCAGGAUAAGAUUCUGCAAUGGGAUCUUCACAGACGGAAGAAUAUGAACAUGAUGUGCUGCCUAUUAUGUUAUCAGAACAAUGAUUCUCACAGCCACUUGUUUUUUGAAUGCAACUUCUCGGCUCAAGUGUGGUGUUCAGUCAGGAAAAAGGUUGGCAUGGAUUCUGUUAAUCCUAAGUGGCCGGAUAUUCUAGAGUGGUUAAUGCCCCGUGCUCGGUCGAAAUCUGUAACCAAUUAUACGGCUCGUCUUCUGGUUGCGGCUAGUGCAUAUAUUAUUUGGCAGGAGAGAAAUGCUCGGAUAUUCAUGAAUCAGCUUAGGCCCCCGGAAGUGAUAAGUGAAACUAUUCUUAACACGGUUCGAUAUAAGCUUAUGGGAGCAAAGCUGCGGAACACUGCUAAUGUGCAAAGGGUGCUUGCGGAAUGGAAGAUUGGAGGCAAUUCUGUUAGUGAUGAUGGCGGCUAG